AUGGAUGGUAAAACGCAUUAUUGGGUUAAAAGAGAUAAGAAAAGGAAACAGUCAGACUUUGACAGUGUAUUUGAAUCAUUAACCAAUCAAAAGAAAUUGAAAACUAAUGAUACUCCAUUUUUAAAUUUAUUCAAUGGUUUAGAAACUGAUGAAAAUGUUAAAUUUCGCUAUGGCAUGUUUCAAAGAAUUUGGUCACAUCAGUUAGUAAAGAUCCAAUCUAUACUAAAUAAUGCAAAUAAUGAAUUAUUCAAUAAUUUACUCGAGUUUUUGAAAACUCCAAAGUCAGAUAAAUUAGAUAUUGGUUAUGUUCAAUUAACUUCAAACACAGCAAAUAAUUUUAGAAUUUUGAAUGAGUUUUAUAAUUAUAUAACUGAUAAAUUAGAUUAUAAGAUUGUUAAAUUGAAUAGUAAAAAUUGUGUAAAUAUUAAAUCAGCAUUACGUGAAGUUGUAAAACAAGCAGGUAAAGUGCAAACAGGUAAAUUAAAUUAUGAUUUAGACAAUAUCAAAGGUGAUGAAAGGAUAGUUGUAGUUUUAGAAGAUACAAAUUUAACAAAUAAUCAAGUAUUAAAUCAACUACUUAAAAUUUUAGCUGCUCAUGAUCUACAAUUAAAGGUUAUUCUCGGAUUAUCUUGUUAUACCGUCACUUCAUGGAUUAAUUCAAAUUUGCUGGAUGAUUUAAAUUUAUCUACCAAAGGAUAUAAAUUUAAAAGUAAUGAUAAUAAAAGUUUAGGUUACAUCAUUUUAAAUAAUUUAUUUUUAACACCUGAAUUAAAUGAUGAUAAUCCAUUAUUAAUUGAAAAAAAAUUAAGUACAAUUAUACUUUCAAGAUUUGAAAAUGCUAACAAUUCAGUUGAUUCAUUAAUAUCUGAAAUUAAAUUAUGUUAUAUGAUAUGUUUUUACCAAUCACCAUUGUCUAUACUACUUGCAAAAGAUGAAUUUUCAGAGUUAUAUAUUGAUGGAUUACGAAAAUUACCAAGUUUUAAAAAAUACAUUGAGAUUCAAUUAUAUGAUAAACGAGAUGUAAAGGAGAUAUUUGACUCAGUUGAAGAAUUAUUCAAGUCUACUAAACUAAAAUAUAAGAAAUUUAAGUUGACAAUCAUGAAUGCAAUUAAUGUGAUUUAUGAUAUAGACCCAAAAAGAAGUAAGGAAAAGUUUGAGUUAUACAAAUUACUUAUAAACAAUAAGCUACUAAACUCAAAGUAUUUAAAUGAUUGUAUUAACAAUUUAAACAAUUAUACUAAUGAAGCAUUGUCUGUUAUACUACAAAAUAUAGGCAAAGAUUGUAAGGAAGAAAUAGAAGGAGUUCAAGAUGAGUUCUUCAUUGAAUUUAACAAGACUCUAUCCAGAAGAAACUUAAGUGAAACAUUACAAGUUUAUUUCAACAAUGAUUUGUUAACUACUCCAUUAGAGUAUAUGUUAUUUAAUGAAGUUUUCACAAUGAAUGGAGGUACACUAAGUCUGACAUCUUUAUUUGAAGAGAACUUUGAAAACUUGAUGAUUAAAUUACUAAGACCAAAUUUAAGAGAAACAGUUGAAUCAAGUUUAGAAAGUCCUGAAACAUACUUGGGCAAUCCAUUAUUAGGUGAUGAACCAGUAAUUGCACCCACAUUAUCAUAUUUAUACAAGAUUUACAAAGAAGCACCAGUUUCCAUUAACAUGUAUGACUUCUUCCAAGCUUAUAAAUCAGUAGUGCCGAGAGUUAUUAGAACAGAUGAUGAAACAUGGCAUAAAAUGGUUUAUUCAUGGUUUUUACAAAAUUGUGCAGAAUUAAUGCAUUUAGGAUUAUUACAAAUGAAACCUAAAGGUGAUUAUUUAGAGAAAGCAUUAUGGAAAGGUGUAUAA